AUGUUAUCUAAACUUUUAUGUAGACAAGUACUUAAUCAUGGAUUUCGUUUAACAACACGUGCUUCAUCAGCAUCUGCACAACAAAAACCUGUAGUCGAACGAAAACCGGAUGUGAAAUAUCAUAAACUUUUUAUUAAUAAUGAAUUUAUUGAUUCAACAAAUGGAAGUACAUUUGAAGUUAUCAAUCCAGCAACUGGUGAUGUUAUCGCUGAGGUUGCAGAUGGUUCAGAAAAAGAUGCUGAUAAAGCAAUCAAAGCUGCUAAAGACGCUUUUCGACUUGGUUCAGAAUGGCGUCGUAUGGAUCCUGCAGGUCGCGGUGCUCUACUUAACAAACUUGCUGAUCUUAUUGAACGUGAUCGAGCUUAUCUUGCUGCUUUAGAAACAUAUAAUAAUGGUAAACCAUUCAAAGAUGCCUAUAAUAUUGAUAUACCACAUUGUAUUGCUGUUCUCCGAUAUUAUGCUGGAUGGCCAGAUAAAAUGAAUGGAAAAGUUUUACCGAUUAGUGGUGAUUUUUUUUCAUAUACACGACGUGAACCUGUUGGUGUUGUUGGUCAAAUCAUUCCAUGGAAUUUUCCAAUGAUUUUACUCUGUUGGAAAAUUGGUCCGUCUGUAGCAACUGGUUGUACAACAAUUAUUAAACUUGAUGAACAUACACCUUUAACCGGUCUUUAUACAGCAAGAUUAAUUCAGGAAGCUGGUUUCCCUCCUGCUAGUUCAAUUGUAAGACAUCCAGAUGUUCAGAAAAUAGCCUUUACUGGUUCAACACAAGUUGGUAAAAUUAUUGGAACUGAAGCAGCUAAAAUGGUUAAACGUACAACACUUGAACUUGGUGGAAAAUCACCAAAUAUUGUUUUUGCUGAUUGUGAUCUUGAUUCAACUGUUGAAAUGUCUCAUUUUGCUUUAUUCUUUAAUCAAGGUCAAUGUUGUUGUGCUGGAUCACGUACAUAUGUUGAAGAAAAAAUUUAUGAUGAAUUUGUUCAACGUAGUAUUGAACGUACAAAACGACGAAAAGUUGGAGAUCCAUUUGAUGAGAGUACUGAACAAGGACCUCAAAUUAGUCACGAACAAAUGGAUAAAAUUUUGGAUUUAAUUGAUUCAGGAAAGAGAGCUGGUGCUAAAUUACUUGUAGGUGGUGAACGUGUAGGCGAUAAAGGCUAUUUUGUUCAACCAACACUUUUUUCUGACGUACACGAUAACCAUCGAAUUGCUCGUGAAGAAAUUUUUGGACCAGUAAUGCAAAUUUUAAAAUUUAAGACAAUUGAUGAAGUUAUUGAACGUGCUAAUGAUACAGAUUAUGGUUUAGCUGCAAGUGUUUUUACAAAAGAUUUAGAUAAAGCUAUUGUUGUUACUAAUGGUCUUCGAGCUGGUUCAAUUUGGGUUAAUACAUAUGAUAAUUUUGAUCCAGUUGCACCAUUUGGUGGAUUUAAACAGAGUGGUCUUGGUCGAGAAAAGAGUGAAUUUUCAUUAGAUUCUUACACAGAAACUAAAUGUGUUACCAUCAAGAUUUCGGAAAGAAAUUCAUAA